AUCACAAUAGCGAAUUAAAAACAACAUUGCAAAGCGAAAACGCCCUGAAAACAAUGAUUAUAAAAGCAAUUAGAUAGUUACAAAACGCAUUGAAAUGAGCAAACACAUCUGCACCCGCUGGGCCUUUGACCUGGGCAGCUGGAGGCCCACACUACCUCAACUGAGCCAGGCGGUGGCCUCAAUUCAACCGGAGGAACGAGCUCGGCUUAUGAAGUUCCACUUUAUCGAUGACUUUCUGUCCUCGCUAAUUGGUCGUCUUUUCAUGCGAAAAUAUGUGAGCACGUGCAGCGGAUUGCCGUCGGCCGAAGUGAAGUUCGCCCGGGAUGUGAGGGGUAAACCUUACUGGGUGAAAGGGGAGGACUACGAUGGGCCACCUCUCAGCUUCAAUGUCUCCCAUCAGGGAAGCCUGGUACUUCUAGCGGGCAUUGCAGGAGAGAGCAGUGAUCCCGACUUUGGAAUCGGCACAGAUGUCAUGAAGAUCGAGUACAAUGGUGGCAAGCCUCUGUCGGAAUUCUUUGGCCUGAUGAAGAGCAAAUUUUCGGCGGAGGAAUGGAGUUAUAUUGGAAGACCGCAUCAUGAUGAACGGGAGCAGGUGAAGGCCUUUAUGCGUCACUGGUGUCUCAAGGAGGCGUACGUCAAGGAGCUGGGUGUUGGCAUCACUGUAGAUCUGCAAAAGAUCAGCUUCUCAGUGGACACUACUCGCAGUUUGGAGACAGAUGUUUCCCCUCUGAUCGGUACUAGUCUGCGUUGCCACGACCAACCCAUGGACAAUUGGCAUUUCGAGGAGCAUUUACUGCAGGAGGACUACUGUGCGGCCAUUGCAUUCCGGAAUUGCUUGCCACAGGAGCGUGGAAAGUUCAAGUUUCUGCAAGUUGAGGAACUUCUCGUGAAGAGUGAAGAUUCGGAACUUGAGGAAGUGAUCAGCUACUGCCAAAAGGCUCUUCUUAAGCCCUACAAGCGAUCAUGAUGUAUAGGAACUAUAAGGAAUCUAAGCCAAGCAAACGUAGCUCCUAAAAAUAGCGUUAUCCCUAGAAUAAACAUGCAUUUAUAUUUUCUC